AAAACUACUGCAGGCCGUUGGAAGGAAGCUACCAUUCCAGGCCACUUAAAUUCCUAUACCAUCAAAGGCCUGACCCCAGGAGUGGUAUAUGAGGGGCAGCUCAUCAGCUACCAGCAGUAUGGCCACAGAGAGGUGACACGCUUCGACUUCACCACCAGCGCGAGCACACCUGUGACCAGCAACACUGUGACAGGAGAGACAACACAACUUUCUCCUGUUGUGGCCACUUCGGAAUCGGUGACUGAAAUCACAGCCAGCAGUUUCGUGGUCUCUUGGGUCUCAGCUUCGGACACUGUAUCAGGAUUCCGGGUGGAGUAUGAGCUGAGCGAGGAGGGAGAUGAACCGCAGUACCUGGAUCUUCCAAGCACAGCCACUUCUGUGAACAUCCCUGACCUGCUUCCUGGCCGCAAGUACAUUGUCAAUGUCUACCAGAUAUCUGAGGAAGGAAAGCAGAGUUUGAUCCUGUCCACUUCACAGACAACAGCUCCCGAUGCCCCGCCUAACCCUACCGUGGACCAAGUUGAUGACACCUCCAUUGUGGUUCGUUGGAGCAGACCGCAGGCACCCAUCACAGGUCAGUUUAGCCUUGAUCUUGCUUCUGGGUUAAUCAUUCUGGUAGCUCGAGGAGGGUGUAGGGAGGAAGCAGAUUCUGACCACAGACUGAGU